AUGAGUCAGGAAGUGGUAGAUUCGAAAAGACCGGAGUAUAAAUAUAAGAUAGGAAAAGUAAAGCAAACGCCAACGGUUCAAAAAGAUGACAAAACGGGACUUGACUUCAUAGAGCUGAAAGCGAGGCUCAAUGCCAAAGUAUAUGGAUGCACAGCAUUUUCGGGAAUUUACAAGGAAGAGAAGAAACUGGGUCAAGGUACAUUUGGAGAGGUUUACAUGGGUGUGCAUCUCGAAACACAGAGGCAAGUUGCUAUGAAGCGCAUCAUUGUCAAGGCUGAGAAAGAUUUAUUCCCCAUAACGGCUCAACGGGAGAUAAUGAUUUUGAGAAAGUUGAAUCAUAAAAAUGUGAUAAAGUUGAUCGAGAUGGUUUACGACUAUCCUCCUUCGCAAAGUGCAACAAACAACGAUAGCCAGGGAGCUGUUUUGGGGAAAUCUUUUUAUAUGAUUCUACCCUACAUGGUUUCAGAUCUCUCUGGUAUACUGCACAAUCCACGGAUAAGUCUACAGAUGGCCGAUAUCAAGAACAUAUUACUUCAAAUUUUGGAGGGCAUGAACUACAUCCACUGUCAAAAAUAUAUGCACCGAGACAUCAAGACUGCCAAUUUGCUGAUCGACCACAAAGGAAUACUGAAAAUUGCAGAUUUUGGACUUGCCAGAAACUACUACGGUGCGCCACCCAACCAGAAAUAUCCAGGAGGUGCAGGUGUUGAUGCCAAAUACACCUCAGUGGUCGUCACGAGGUGGUAUCGAGCUCCAGAGUUAGUUUUAGGCGACAAGAAUUAUACUACUGCGAUCGACAUGUGGGGUGUCGGUUGUGUAUUUGCAGAACUGUUUGAGAAAAAGCCAAUUUUGCAAGGUCAAACCGACAUCGAUCAGGGUCAUGUUAUCUUCAAGCUAAUGGGGACCCCUAGCGAAGAGAUAUGGGCCCUGGCAAGAUACUUACCAGGAGCGGAACUCACAGCAACCAGCUACACGGGUACAAUUGCGGACAGAUUUGGACCUCAUUUGUCAGAAUUAGGACUGGAUUUACUCAAGAAAUUAUUGGCGCUCGACCCUUACAAACGACUUACGGCUAUGGCUGCCCAGCGUCAUGCUUUCUUUACAGAGGAACCUCUUCCUGCUGAGCGACUGCUUUUGCCGUGUGAAGAAUGUCACGAAGCUGAUAUAAAGCGUUACAAACAAGAGCAGAACAGAUCUUUAAGUCAGCAGCCUCCGGCUGCACCUGCUGGUCAUAUCGUCGAGAAGGACCCCUUGGCCGGUGGCAUAUCGCGUUACAGAGGAGCCAGACGACCAGAAAAAGCCCAGGGUCCUGGAUUUCCGUCUGAAAAGCUAACACCCACCAAACCCAAUUUUCAAGCCACACCAUUGCAAAGCCAGCCUGGAAAACCAUCACGAAACAACCGGCCCUUUACUCAAGAUACACUACCGCGUCAACAGCCAACCGCUCAGCGGCCACCUACGACUACCCAGAACCCUGGUCCUGGUCCUCAAAAACAUCAAAGCAGAUACAGUGGUUCAAACGUCUCAAGUACACAGACCUCUACGAAACAACGUUACAAAGGCUCUCGCUAUCAAGGCGCAACUCGAGAUAACGGCUGGCCUGGAAAUCAGCGGUCAAGAUACGGCUAUGGCAAUUUGAAUAGGCCCAAAGACCAUUCAAACUCAGGUGACGUAUCGAAUGCCAACUAUACACCUGUUUCAAAAUCCGGUUUGCCACAACCAUCUAACCGUAAUAAGGGUUCCGGCCUGAACAAUGAAGGGCAUCAAUCCGAGGUUAAAGGCCAAGAUUUGCAUCAAAGGCACUAUUCCAAUGGAAACUCCGAAAGUCACAACAGCGAGUCGAAAAAGCCUUCUGUGACGUCUGAAGAUAUUGCAAACCUUUAUUAA